GGAUACACAGAAGCAACGGCUCCUAACAAAAAAAAAAAAAGAAGCAGAAGACGUUAGGAGUGAGAAAGAUGGCGACGUCCGCCGUGGAGGAAGUUGCAGCUGUCACAGUGGAGGAAGAUCUCAGGAACCUUCAUCUUUCAGAGGAGAUCCUGCCUGAAUCGUACAGGAUCAACUCUGCAAAGGAGAAGCAGCUGGUGGAAAUCGCGGAUAACUUCCAGCGUCAGUAUCUGCUCCUGUAUCCCGACCGAAAACCUCUGCUGCUCUGCCCCGUCAACGAAUGCGGAGUCAGGAAGUUUGUGUCCACCACUCUUCGGCCCACACAUCCAGGCCUCUGUGAGCUUCAUAGCUGGAAAGACUGUUCCUCGUUUGUGGCCGACUUCCUGGCCCUGCAGCCUCUGGAGCCGCCUACAGAGGUGCCCAGCCAGCUGUUCUCUCCCACAUCUGUGCUGCGCAGUCAGAAGGCCACCUGCUUUGAAUCCUCCACCCUGCUCUGCAGCCUGCUGCUCGGCCUCGACUAUGACGCCUACUGCGUCAGCGGCUACGCCUCCAGGGAGAUCUGUCUGCUGGACCAGAGUCUGCAGCAGUGCCCCCUGCUGGAGCCGCAGGCUAAGAGUGUUGAAAGCCAAACCUCUAAGCAGGAGAAGAAGUACGGGGUGAGAUGUCAGAAGGAGCUCAGGAGUCUCUUUCUGCUAGAGCAAGAGAGGAAACAACAGGAGGCCAAGGCUGCUUUGCUUCAGGAGGAGGAGCUACAAGAGGUUAACAGCCGGCGUGUUGCUGACCCCCUGCGAGGCCUUCGGGUUCACUGCUGGGUUCUGGUUCUGUCGGGGAAACGGCACAUCCAGGAGAACUUCUUCAUCGACCCCCUCACAGGGAGCAGCUUUCCAACAAACGACGACAACUUCCAGGGCAUUGAGAGUGUGUGGAACUGCUUUAACUGCUACGUCAACAAGCAGGAGUGCAGCAGCGGCUGCAGGGACGUCCUCUUUGACCUGGAGGAUCCCAGGCUGUGGGAGCCGGUCUUUCACGACGCCAUCAGCCAGCAGCAGCUGAGCCGUGCUGUCCAGACUAAACGAGAGGACCAGAUCCUCGGCAGAAUCACUAAACUGACGGAAAUCUUUCCUACAAAGUUUCGCCUUCUGAGACCGUGGGUCAGUAGAAUCGAAGUCUCAAAGGAAGACCUGCAGACGAGGUUCCCUGGAGGAAAGAAGGCGACCCACUACAUAAAAGCAAAGCUGGAGAGGUUUUCACCUGCUGUGACCAGAGAUGGACUCGUCUCCAGACUAACCACGUACAAAGACCUGGACUGCACAGAGGUCACUGCGGUCAAAGAGUGGUACCAAAACAGAAGUGACAACCUGGAGGAGAGACACUUCAACAAGCUUGAGAACUCCACUACUGAGCACUUCAAACCCAGAAGAGCUUUUGGCCUUUUAUUUCACAAGUGGAAAGCUGUGACUUCUGGGACAGAGCGAGAGAUGAGGUUCGACCGUCCAGAACUAGACGGUCUGGAGCAGAGGGUGGUGUCGCCACAAGCAAUGGAGGAAUCCUUCAAGGACCGAGACGACUUCCUCUAUUUCAGACACGUCACCUUCGGUCAGGGUGUGUCCUCAAAACCUUGUCCUCUGAAGACCGGUCUGGAGAACCUAAACGUGCUGAAAGUGGUGGAGCGUUUCGACAGGAACGCAUCCAAACCGGCCAACGAAGACGUGGCCAAGCGGGUGUUUCUGGUCCCGGAGAUGCAGAUCGACUUGACCUAUCAUCUGAUGGAUCACCGCAAUAUUCCUUCGACUAGAAGCAUCACAAAACCAAAAGAAGGCCAGCCGUUCACAAACGACAUGUUCUCCGAAUUUCAGGUGGAUCGGUCUCAGAAGCCUCUCGGGCCCCUGUCGGGCUACAGGUUGGCGGAGGAGCUAAAAGACGAAGAAGAGAGCGUGGCUGUCCAAAUCAAAGCGUCUCUGAAGGAGGUGGAGAAAAUCCUGGACUGCCGAGAGGAGGAGGAGAAAGAUCUGAGGGUUUUCUCAUCAUUGCUGGAGCAGGUUCUGGCCGUCAAGCAGAAAUGGGUGGAGGCGUGCAUGUUAAAGGAGGACCACCUCAUGCUCCGCCAGAAGGAGAUGGAAGUCCUGGUUCCGCUGCAGAAACUAGUUGGAUGCAAUGACGCUUUAAGUGCGGAGGAGGCCAAUUCCUACUGCAUGAACUUCUUAGAUAAAUAUAAAGAAAAACUGGACGAGCAUACCAGCUUCCUGGAGCAAAACCUGGAAACGCUCCAGAUGGACCAGGAGGAUGAGUCGAAGGACCACCACCACCACCACCCCGCCAUGAGCAACGAGGAGGCGGAGCUUUGGUGCCACCUGUGCUGGGAUAAAAAGAUCCAAAUCUCCGCUGCCCAGAGACGCCUCGAAAAGCACAACAAACAGAUGAAGGACAGAUGCAGGACCUUCCUGCUGAAUCUGCAGCAGAACCCUCUGUUCGCGGUUCACUUUGUCGAGUGAGCUCAACACCAGCUGUUCACAGAGCUACCUACCGGGAGCCCUUCCACCGGACGAGACGACUGUCAUCAUGUAAUGAGACACGACAACUCACAGGCUAAACUCUGUACCGAUCGCUUCAGUCCAAUAAACAGUUCUUGAAGUGUGACGUUUA